UGCAGGCUGCUUUGGGUCUUCCUAAUGCGCCUUUAUUUCUCUCUUCUUUAUGCUUUUAUCAUCAUCUCCUUUGAACACCUUUCCCCUUCUUCAAUUUUUCAGAGAGAACCAAACAGAUAUAAAGGAUACUUGUGAUCUACAUGGAUGGAUAUAAUGGUAAAAGAGCUGUUGAUGGGCCUGUUGUACAUGGAAAGGGAUCGGGUCGCAUUUUGAAUGACAGUGUUAAUAACAGAGAACAGAAUGCUCAGUUUUGCAAUCGAAUUGGAUGCAGUGGUAGGCUGAAUUCCUCAAAAGGCACUCCAAAUGGUGGCUUCGAUAAAGCCAAAUCUUCAAGGCCUUACCACUCUUCAUCAAGUGGAAAGCAAGUAAUUGGAAAUUCCUCUAGGGUAUCCUCUGCAGUUAGUAACACUAAGAAAUCAUCUACAAAUCCUCGGAAAAAGCUAUCAUCUCAGCUGGAAACGGAUUCAUCUGAAACUAGUAGCCUAAAGGAUGAGCCGGAAGUGCCUGAGCUCAUACCUCCACCAGGAAAGAUUCUGCAUCAUGAAUCCAACAAUGCAGAUUCUAGGGAUGUUACAGUGAUGGGAGUUGGAAGCUCUAGUGUAGCAUCGAACUCUAGACCUUGGAGAAAAUUUAUACAAAGAUCUGGGUUGGGCAACCAGUAUACUCUGGCCAGUCCAUCUGUUACUUUGGGAUCUCAAAGCACUUCCCAGGUGACUCGUUCUAGCACAAGCAAGUAUGGUUUGAGAAAUCUAAGAUGUAAUUCUAUUUCUGAUGUUGUGAUAACAGGUUCUUCAUCUUCGGAUUCAAGCCUCACCAAAAAGAAAGACAUGGUAAAAAAGAGAAACUCUGAUGAGGAGGGUACUUCCUCCACAAAAGGGAAAAAGUUGAGUGGGCCAUCUUCGGAGGGACGGAACAACAUUUCUGGCCAUGGUGUCUCCAUUUCUGAUUCAAAACGUGGCAGGAAUUGGCCUUCUAACAGAGAUAGCGCUGUUGUUGCUUCAGUUAGAACUCGGAGGUCAAACAGUAGUUAUGUUAGAGGGAGACUCCCUAACCAAGCAAACAGAAAUAGUUUAACUUUGAAUGAGUCCCCUAUAGCAAUGCUUCAAGUGCCUCAAUCAGAUAUACCUAACGAUUUGAGUGCUCCUGUUUCAACUCGUGCUAGUCGUUACAGUCAAUUGGGUAGUGUAAGUGAGGAUUUACACAGUAUCAUGCAGUCUAGUCCUUCAGAAGUUGGCACUAACCGCACUUUAGUGAACCGGGAUAGCUUCCGGCGCUACAAUAUGGAUGGCAUUGCAGAGGUAUUAUUGGCACUUCAGAGGGUUGAUCAAGAUGAAGAGUUGACAUAUGAGCAAUUACUUGUUCUAGAGACCAGCUUGUUCCUGAAUGGCCUAGACUUUUAUGAUCAGCAUAGAGAGAUGAGACUGGAUAUAGAUAAUAUGUCAUAUGAGGAAUUACUAGCUUUAGAAGAGAGAAUGGGUGAUGUGAACACCGGGCUAUCGGAAGACUCAUUGUCCAAAUGCCUCAAGAAAAGCAUCUACAACACAGCAUCUUCAGAGUAUGCAAAUACGAGCUGUGAGGGUGAAAAGGAUGAUGUCAAAUGUAGUGUUUGUCAGGAGGAGUAUGUGAUUGGAGAUGAAGUAGGGAGGUUACAGUGUGAGCACAAGUAUCACGCAGCAUGCAUAGAGCAGUGGCUGCAGGUGAAGAACUGGUGCCCUAUUUGCAAAGCAUCAGCACAGAAACCACAGUCUUCACGAAUUUGAAGAAUGGAAAGAAACAAGGCAAAGAGAGUUUUCUUUUGUACAAAUUGAUGGUUUAUCUUCACGAUUAUUAUUAUAUUAACUUUAUAUUAUGUAAAUAUGGAACCUCUUCAUUAAAGUCGGCUAAUAAACUGCUGUUUCUGCA